CGGCGCAUCCCCGACCAUAAAACGGCGGGGCCAGGGCUGGGAGUGCAGAGCGGAGCACGGCACUGAACGGCACCGGGCACGGCACCGGGCACCGGGCACGGCACCGGGCACGGCACCGGGCACAGCACCGGGCCCGCAGCUGCCCAGCACCCAGCGGAGGUGGGAAGGCAGCGGUAGCUCACGAUGGCCCUGGCGGACAACGCGGGCUGUGCCAAACCCAGCGAGGACUUCCCUUUCCCCGAGAUCAUUGAACUCAACGUGGGCGGACAAGUCUACAUCACCCGCCACCCCACCCUGGUCAGCGUGCCGGGCUCGCUGCUCUGGGAGAUGUUCACGCAGAAAAACGUCCGCUCCUUGGCCCGCGACAGCAAGGGACGGUUCUUCGUGGAUCGGGACGGAUUCCUCUUCCGCUACAUCCUGGAUUACAUGAGGGACCAGCAGCUGGUGCUGCCCGACCACUUCCCCGAGCGCAGCCGCCUGCAGCGGGAGGCCGAGUAUUUCAUGCUGCCGGAGCUGGUGAAGAUGCUGGCCCCCAAGCUGAGCAAGCAGAACUCGCUGGGAGACGACCCGUGCCAAAGCGACCCCGAGGAGCUCUCCCCCAGCGCCGACGCCGCACGCAGCCUGGCCCCCGCCAGCUCCACGCUCCCCAGCGCCACGGCCGGUGGCCCUGGGGCCACGGUCAUCACCGGCACGGGUGCUGCCGGCCCCGAUGGCCGCAGGGCUGGGUUCAUCACCAUCGGGUACCGGGGCUCCUACACACUGGGCAGGGACAGCCAGACGGAUGCCAAGUUCCGCCGGGUGGCGCGGAUCAUGGUCUGUGGCAAGACGGCGCUGGCCAAGGAGGUUUUUGGGGAUACCUUGAACGACAGCAGGGACCCGGACAGGCCCCCGGAGAGGUACAGCUCCAGGUACUACCUCAAAUUCAACUUCCUGGAGCAAGCCUUUGACAAACUGGCUGAUGCUGGCUUCCACAUGGUGGCUUGCAACUCCACGGGCACCUGUGCCUUCGCCCACGACCAGACAGAUGACAGGAUCUGGACCUCUUACACCGAAUAUGUUUUCUAUCGUGAGUGACACCAAAAACAAACACCCACCAAACACCAACUCUCCCUUUCCUCCCCCGUUGCCUUUAGAAGGUAGACGUCCGACCCCCGAAUCCCAGCGUCCCCCCUCUGCCUCCUUUUUGAGUUCGUUCUUGGGUUUUUCCCCCCUCCUUCCUCCACGUCGAACCCGUUCGGCUCCUCGUAGCGGCUGCUGACCACCAAAACCUCCUUCCCUCUCUCCGACUUCUGCAGUAGCUCCCAGCCCUCCCCGGAUGCGUGGACUUGGACAGUGCUGCGUGCGCGUUUUUUUGGGGUUGGGAAGGGGGGGGGGACACGCCGAACUGUGCCGGAUGAGCUCGUGAUAGAUACCGAACUCGGCUCCCUGCACCAUGCAGGGGCGCGCUGCAGACGAACCAAGGAGCUCAAGUGUUGGUUUAAGGACACGGAGAAAGGUGGGGAGUGGAGGGGAGGGGGGGUGAAGCCUCACAGCAUGGAUGUAUUGCCGUUAGCCCCUGUAAGCAGCUUAGCCUUUAGACUGUCAGUGCUGGGGAGGGUUAGAGGGAGGCGCACCCUGUGCCGGCAGUUCUGGUCCGAAGCGUCGCUGCUGCCCUGGGAUGCCUCGGGGACUUUUUUUUUGGGGGGGUGGGUAGGGGCUGAGAGAUGCUCUGUUCAUGCCUACGUGGAGGGAGGUGGGCGGGCGGGGGGAAGGCUUUUUACUGUAGGGUGUCAAACGCUUGCACAUCCCUCGAGCUCAUCGGAGGGCUGCCCAAAAAACAACCACCUUCGCCUCUCCUGCGGCGCGGGCUGCGGAGGGAUGGGGUGGGAGCGCACCAGGGGCACCUGCUGGGCUCAUGGGCUGAAGGGAAUCUUUGCCCAGCGUUAAAAUCGUUGCCCCUUUGGACAACAUCUCGGAAGGUUUCUCCGCUCGCAGCUCUCCACGGCCUGCCUGGGCUGGCUGCUGCUUUGCCGUGCCUGGGCGAUGUGUAAUAAAGGAACAAAACUGACUUGCCUCCGCGUGCGUCUGCGACGCGGGUCUCGUGCUGUGUGCCCUCAGAGGCAUUGCUUGAGUUCGCCUCACCCCUCUCUGCCCCCUUCUUCCUCCUCUUUGAGCCCUCUCUCCCAUCCCUGCUGGACCACACUGCCCAUCCCUGUCCCUGCAGGGAUGCUGCUGCAAGUGGCCAAGUCCCAAAUCCUCCCCCAACGUCCCCAGCUGUGCCUGUGCCUGCUGGUCCCUUGCCGAGGCUCUCAGCAUCCCUGCCCCGUUCCUCCAUCCCCUUCUCAAGCAGCCCCAUGUGAAGCUCAGAGCUGGGGAGCCUCAGCAUCGCCCCACAGGCUGGGGACCAGCCACAGAGGUAUUUUUGGGGGGGGUUGGCUGGGAGGAAGGCUUGCAGCUGGUCUCGGAGGAGGUGGGAGGGCUGACAUCCUCCGGCACGCGGGGACAGCCAAAACUUUGCAGCGAGGCAGUCCCUGUGCCCUGAUGAAGCGGAAGGUGAAAAAAUGGUAUUUUUGUGAGGGCCUGUUCCUCAUUGCAACAGCAUUUUGAAGAGGAAACGACAACC